AUGAAUCAAAAAAUAUUUAGUCUCGAUUGUGUAUUUCAAGAAGAGAGAAUUUAUUAAAAAUAUUCAAAAAUGAAAGUAGCAGUUGUACUUUUGACAUUUGUUGUCUGUGCUUUGGCUUUUCCUCACCAUGAUGGAACAGAUCAUGACCAUGAUGAUGCAGACAAAAAAGAAAAAAUCAAGAAGAUCCAUGAAUACAGCAAACAAUGUGUUGAGGAAACUGGAACUACAGAUGAAGUUUCUAAAUUACUUGUAAAUGGAGAUUUCAGUGUUCGUGAUGAAAAGGCACAAUGCUACGUCAAAUGUUUCUUCAAGAAAGUUGGUUUAAUGAACGAAGCCGGUGAACCACAAUCAGACGUCAUCCUAGAAAAGCUCAAGAAGAAGAAGGUUGACACUGACGAUCUUGAAGGAUUAGUCAAGGAUUGUGUUAGCAGAAAGGGUGAAAAUGAAUGCGAAACUGCUUUUAACAUCUACGAGUGCUAUAGAGUCCACGUCACAUACAGUCAUGAAUUCAAAAAUGAAGAAGAGAAGAAACCUGAAGACGAGAAGAAGCCAGUAGAAGAGAAAAAACCAGUAGAAGAGAAGAAAGCAGAAGAAGAGAAGAAAACAGAAUAAGACUUUUUUGAUUUUAACUCAUUUUUGUAGAGUUUGAUGAAUAAAAAUGCACAAAUUAACUUUUGUAUGAACUGAGAAAA